AUGGAGCCAGCAUCCAGAAACCAGAUCUACAACUACCAGGCUGGGAAUACUGACUACACCAAACAAGGUACCACAUCUGGUCUUUUGACCACCACACCUGGGACUUCAAUAGCUGCUCCUAUCAUUACCACAUCUGUCCCACUUUCUACCACAUCUGCCCCUCUUAGUACCACAUCUGGUCUUUUUACCACCACACCUAGUACUUCAACAGCAGACCCUUUUACUACCACAUCUGGCCCACUUUCUACCAGAUCUGUCCCCCUUAGUACAACAUCUGGUCGUUUUACAACCACACCUGGUACUUCAACAUCUGGCCCUUUUACAACUACAUCUGUCCCACUUUCUACCACAUCUGGCCCUGCUACCACAUCUGCCCCUCUUAGUACCACAUCUGGCCCUGUAACAACUACAUCUGCUACUAUCACUACCACAUCUGGCCCACUUUCUACUACAUCUACCCCUCUUACUACCACAUCUGGCUCUCUUAGUACCACAUCUUGUCUUUUUACCACCACACCUGGCGCUUCGACAUCUGGCCCUUUAACUACCACAUCUGACCCUGCUACAACUACAUCUGUUCCUAUCACUACCACAUCUGUCACUUUUUCUACCACAUCUGCCCCUUUUAGUACCACAUCUGGCCCUGCUACUACCACAUCUGCCCCUCUUAGUACCACAUCUGGCCUUUUUACCACCACGCCUGCCACUUCAACAGCUGACCCUUUUACUACCACGUCUGUCCCACUUUCUACCACAUCUGGCCCUGCUACUACCACAUCUGCCCCUCUUAGUACCACAUCUGGACCUGCUACUACCACAUCUGCCCCUCUGAGUACCACAUCUGGUCUUUUUACCACCACGUCUUCCACUCCCAGUACAUCUGCCCCUCCCACAACUACAACUGUCUAUGGUACUACUCCCUCAACUACUGCUACUACCACUUUGAGCACUACUCCACCUACAACUGCAGAAACACCAACAACUACUAUACUACUAACAACCAAUCUCCCUCUGACCACAACAUCUGUCGUAUCAACUCCCACUGCAACACAUCCAACCACGAUUUUUCCUACAACUACUAAACCCCAAACUACUACCAUUCCACCAACAACUACAGUCCCCACAACAACCACCAAAACUACAAGUGCUAUAACAACUACUUCCACUACAACAACCAUAACAACAACAACAACCACAACCACAACCACAACCACCACCACAAAGAAGAAAGAUGAGGAUAAAGACAAAAACGAAAGUGACCAGGGGAAUGAAGGAAGACCAGAUGGAGAUCUAGUACCAUCAUUACCUAUUCCAGGCAGCGGUUCGUUUCUCGGGGGUCUAGGAGCUGGUUUAACAGGAUUAUUUACUGGAACUGGUGGUGCACUUUCAGGAAUGGUACCAUUUUUUGCAGCACUGGGGGGAACAGGAAUUAUCCCUUCAAUCAAUCUACCUCCUGUCAACAUUGCUCCUACUCCUCAUCCAAACAACGAACACCCUAUUUCCACUGCUGCUCCUAAAACUACCACAACUCUUACGUCUGUUAUAACUCCUGUAAUUCCACCUAAGGUUAUUGCUACUGUUGCUGCUGCCACCUCCACAGGUCCUCCAGACAGUAAGUCUGUUGAACCAACAAGUCCUCACAAAACUACUACCAUUCCAGAAAAGGCCAUUACUAUUCAUCCAGCAAGUACUACCCAACAAUCAUCUACCAUUGCAUUGACUCUUCCAACAACUACAAUGCCCCAAACAACAUCUGCAAACUCUGCUGUGGCUGUUACAUUAACCCCGUCUGUCGUUGCAGCCACAGCUAUGACUCAAACAGCAGACGAAAGCACUUCUACCAAACCUUCGCCAGCUACUACAGUUUCUGCUAUGCCUCAAACUGCCACCACCACUUUCAGUGGCAUUACUGUCACUUCAAACUCAACUGAUCCUCAGCUUACAUUACCACCAGCUACUGCUAACCUAGCAAAGAUGACUACUGAGCCAUCAACCUCUCCAACAUCUCCGAAUAGUUUGCCUGUUUCUUCAAGCAUUUUUUCUCCUAAUCAAACUGGCACAGCUGCCUUUCCAACCACGAAUACUUCUCAUCCAACAUUCAGUGUUUCUCAGUCAAACUCCACUAGUCCUUCAACUUCAAUAGCUCAUCACAUCGUCUCCACUCAUAGUCCGCCUUCCCCUUCAGCUCCUCCUCAAACCUCGAGCCCUCCAGCUGUGUUUAACCCUCCUUUUCCUCUUUCAAAUUCCUCCAUCCUGUGUCCCACACAAAUAUCUAUCUCUCACUAUUACCAGAAUGUCCUUGCCUACUACCAAGUGUUAUACCAACACCAGAAUAACAACUAGCCGGUGUUUUGUCCUCUAGUGUUCAUACUCGGCUUUACAUCUCAAGCAAGCAAUGAUGGUACUAACUCUCAGUUGAACAUGUGGCAUCUAUUCUUAUAAAAUGAAUCCAGGCAUGGAUAUAAAUUCAAAUACUAAUAAGAAAAUUCAAAAUACAUCUCUUUACUAAUAAAAAUGGUUGUGUAUUCAGCAAAAAUAUGACUUUGUAUAACAAAACAAAAACAAACCCUACCCUACUUUAUACAGAGCUGUUUUUUAAUUGAGCGUCCUAUAUAGCUUCAGAUAGUGGACAUGGUCUAAUUAGAUGAUUUAAUUUUCCUCUUCAGUGUGUUUUUGAAUGCAUUUCUUUGUGUUAUGUGCAGCAUUUUGAAUUGUCUUUGUGCUGGAAAUGUGCUAUGCAAAUAUACUUGCCUUGCCU